AUGCGCUGCGCCGCCUGCGACCAGCCGGGGGCGACGCUGGGCUGCCGCAUCUCCCGAUGCCCCCGGACGUACCACCUGCCCUGCGCGCGCCGCGCCGGCUGCCGCCUGAACGACCACAACUAUCACGUGGCCUGCCCGGAGCACGCGCCGCUGUUCAGCCACGAGCAGGGCGCGGCGGGCGCUGGGGGUGCUGGGGGUGCGGGCGCCUUGGACGCUUGGCCGCCUAGCGCGCUGGACCAGUGGAGGUGGCAGCACGCGCCCUCUCAGGCUCACUUUCAGCAGCGUCAUGACGGCGGCGACGGCGACGCCGGCGAGGGGCGCCCGUCGCAGCCAGAGCUGCAGGCCGGACAGCAGCCGGGGCCAGGGCCGCACGCCGCGCCACGGCAGCAGCAGCAGCAGCAGCAGCGACAGUCGCCCCAGCGCGCCCAUGCCGAGCGCCCCGCCACCGCCCCUCACGCCGCCCGUCCGCCCCGCCGCCCCAGCGGCGCGGGCCCCGCAAAGCGCCGCCGCGUCGACCCCGAGCUCGUGUCCGACCACCUCGCGCGCGCGCGCGCCGCGCGCGACCGGCUGCGCGCGGAGCUCGAGGCGGCGCGCGCGUGGUCGAGCGACGACGAGCAGGCGUUUGCGCGCAAGGAGCGCCGCCGCCUGGCCAAGGACCUCGCGCGGCUGGCGCCCGUGGUGCUUGCGGCGCCGCCGCCGGGCCCGAAGGGCGCCGCCGCGGUGGCGGCGGCGGGCGGGGCCCCUGCAGCGGCACCGCGGGGGCUGGGGCCCGGGCUGCCGCCGGCGAGGGCCGCGUCGAUGGCGACGGCGUCUUCGCUGGCGAGCCUGCCUUCAUUAGGGGCGGCCGACCAGCAGCGGCAGCACCAGCAGCAGCAGCAGCAGCAGCAGCAACAGCCGCGGUUCGUGCCGCCGUCAGAGGGGUUUGCGUCGAUCGGGGGCCUGGGGGACGUGAAGCGGGCGCUCAGAGAGAUGGCGCUGCUGCCGCUAAGCCAGCCGGAGCUGCUGCGUCAGCUGGGGAUAGUCGCCCCCAGGGGCAUCCUGCUGUAUGGCGCCCCAGGCACUGGCAAGACGGCCGUCGUCCGCGCGCUGGCCGGCGAGUGCGCGCGGCGCGCGCCGCGGCCCGUGGCGCUGUUUGCGCGCAAGGGGGCGGACUGCCUGGGCAAGUACGCCGGCGAUGCGGAGCGCGCGCUGAGGCUGCUGUUCCAGCAGGCCGCGGAGGCGGCCCCCAGCAUCAUAUUCCUGGACGAGCUCGACGCCCUCGCGCCCGCGCGCGCCGCGCGCGCCGGCGGCUCCGACCAAAUCUACGCGAGCGUGGUGUCCACCCUGCUCGCGCUCAUGGACGGCCUGGAGGACAGGGGGCAGGUGCUGGUGGUCGGGGUGACCAACAGGCCCGACUCGAUCGACCCGGCGCUGCGGCGUCCCGGGCGCUUUGACCGGGAGGUCUACUUUGGGCUGCCCUCCGCCGACGACAGGGAGGCCAUCCUGCGGGUCCUGACGCGCGCGUGGGCGCCGGCCCCGGCUGCAGCGCUGCUGCGGCGGCUCGCGGCGGCCACGGAGGGCUUUGCGGGAGCUGAUUUGCAGGCCCUCUGCUCGUCGGCAGUGCUGACAGCGGUGCGGCGGACCGCACCUAACGCUGUGGAGGCCGCCUUGAACCAACAGCAGCAGCAGCAGCAGCAGCAGCAGCUUGGUGCCAUGCAGCAGCACAGGCUGCAGGCCACAGCGCUCGGCCUGAGCGAGCACUCCCCAUCCACCCCGCCGCAGCACCAGCACCUGCAGCAGCAGCAGCAGCAGCAGCAGCAGCAGCCGCAGCAGCAGCAGCACCUGCAGCAGCAGCAGCCGCGGCCCCCGUCGCAGCAGCAGCAGCAGCCAUCAAUCCAGCCCCAGCCACGCCCGAGCCCGCCGGACGCGCCCCCCACCACCGGCGGCGGCGCCGGCGCGGCCCGCGGCUCGACUGGGCCGUCCCCCUUGUCGUCAGCAUCCAGCCAGGGCGGCGGCCAGCGGCAGGGGUUUGCUGCGCUGAGCCCGGGAUUUACGCCGGCGCGGCCCGUGUUUCUGGGGGCCCUCAACCAGUGCAUCUCCGAGCUGCUGGCUCCCCAGGAGGGAUCGGCUUUGGGGGAUGUGACGCCCCAGCAGAGCCCGCCGGAGCAGCGGCAGCAGCAGGAGCAGGAGCAGCAGCAGCAGCAGCAGAAGCAGCAGCAGCAGGAGGAGGAGCAGCAGGAGCAGCAGCAGGCAGAGGGGCCAGGGCAGCCAGCUGGCGGCGAGGCUGGCGAACAGGGCCUCGGCACGAAUGGGGCAGCUGGGGCAGCGCCAGCGAUAGCGCCAGGGGCGGCGGCGGCGGUGCCGUCCUGGGUGGCGACUCUCGAGGUCGCGCCGCGCGACUGGUGGGCCGCGCUGGCGGCGGCGCCGCCCCCCUGCAGCAAGCGCGACGUGGCGGCCUCUCUCGCCGCGGAGGGCGGUGCCCCGCUGCCCCGGCGGCUGGCGCCGCUGCUGCUGCCGACGCUGGCGCGCGCGCUGCACGUACUGGCGGCGAGCGGCUGCGUGCCAACGCUGACAACACAGCUGGCCGUUGCCGCUUCAGCUGUUGGUUCGGGGGCCGCCCAGCCAGGCGACGCUGCUAUAAGUGAGCUUGAACGCCUGAUGUCAGAGGCCGGCGCGGUGGAGCAACUCCCAGACGCAACCCCAUGUGAGGCUGGCAGCAGCGCCCCUGCCGGCGGCGCCGCCGCCGGCCCCUGCCCCCGCUCGCGCGUGCCCUGUCACCUGCUGCUCGAUGGCGCGCCCGCCGCCGGCCAGGAGCCGGCCGCGCGCGCGCUGCUGGCGCUGCUGCGGCGCGGGGGCGCGGCGGUGCACAGCCUCGCGCUGCCGGGCCUGCUGCUGCGUGGGCAUGGGGACGCUGUGUCUGGCCUGACGUCGGUCGUCGCGCAGGCGUUUGGGCGGGCCGGCAGUGACCAGGUGGUGGUCCUGUAUGCGCCGCGCAUUGAGAUGUGGGCUGGGGGCGCGUUUGAAGCAAGGGAGCCUUGGGGCGAGGAUCAGGAGCAGGAGGAGGAGAAUGCAGGGGGCGAGGAGGUGGGCGGGGGCGGCUGCAGGGUGGCGGCGGCGAGCCCGGCGUGGGCGGUCUUCGAGCAGCUGCUGCGGCAGGCGCCGCCGAACGUGGGGGUGGUGGUGGUGGCGACGUGCCACGUGGCGGCCUCCCGGCUGCCGGGUGCAGCGCUCUCGCUGUUCGCGCCGCCCGCGGCGGCCGCUGCGCCGCCCGCGGCGCGCCUGCUGCAGCUGCAGCUGGCCGGGCCGUGCGCCGCGGCGGCGGUGGUGGAGGCGGGGGAGGCGCUGGGCGCGGCGGCGGCCGCGGGGUGGUUUGUGAGCCUGGACGAGUUUCGGGAGUGCUUGGCGCGCACUGUGGCGGCGAUCAGGUCCUCCCACCCGGCCGGCGGCCGCGCGGCCUACAGCGUCGCGUGCGCCGCCGCCUGCUCCCUGCAUGACCUGGCAGAGUCCGCCUGCCUGGCGCUGUCGCAGCGGCUGGGGCUGCGGGACCCGUCCAACCUGCUGCUGCUGCGCGCCGCGGAGGGCGCCCACCGGCGGCGGCGGGAGCGGCUGAUCGGCCUGCAGCUGCAGAGGGAGGAGGAGGAGCGGCGCGCGCGAGAGCGGCUCCGCGAGCAGCAGCAGCAACUGGAGUACCAGCAGCAGCAGCAGCAGCGGCAGCAGCAGCAGCAGCAGCAGCAGCAGCAGCAGCAGCAGCAGCAGCAUUUGGAGGGGAAGCAGCGCGAGCAGCCGGCACCCGAGCCGCCGCAGCCGCCGCCAGCCCUGCCUUCAGCUGAGCCAUUGCAGCAUCCACUGCAGCAGCAGCAGCAGCAGCAGCAGCAGCAGCAGCAGCUUGCAGAGGCGCCAGCCCCAGACGUUCAACAGAUGGGCCCAGAAGCUCCGCAGCCGGCGGCUCCGGACUGGCUGCAAGCGGUGCAGGGCAGCAUGGAGGCCCACCUGGCACGUGUGUCUGCGGAAUAUCUGGCUGGACUGGGCCCGCGGGAGACGGGCCGCACAAGAACAGCCGGCAGCGGCGACAGCGGCGCCGCCGGCAUGUGGACGGCCGCCGGCGCGCUCGCGGCUGUCGAGGGAUUCUGGCGUGCGGCGAGCAGUCGGUACGCCUGGGCCGCGGGGCUGGCCGCCGUCUCCAGCGAGGACGAGGGCCCGCAGAAGCGCGAGCGUGCUGCAGCCGGUGCGGCGGACGCGGUGGGGGCGCUGCUGGCCAGCUCGUUGGACUGA